GUAUCAUCAUGUCCAGGGUGCCGAUGGGCAAGGUGCUGCUGCGAAAUGUUAUUCGUCACACAGAUGCCCACAACAAGGUGAGAGUGGGAGAGUUGGCUAAUCUGUGUGUGUGGCUUUGUACUCUCCUGAUGAUAGAUGUGGUCCGUUUCAGAUCCAGGAGGAGUCAGAGAUGUGGAAGUUGAGGGGGAUGGAGAAGGGGCCGUCCACCAGCCACAGACCGAUGCCACCAGCCUCAAAUCCAUCCAGGUCCGCUCACUGUUCGAGAAUUGAAGUAGUGUAGCCUGAUACAUCAGCUGGUGAUGGCUAGCUAACACUAAUGCUAUGUACCGUCUGAGACAGUGCAAUGUAAUUAUUUGGAGUGUGUAAAACCAUGUAAACACGUGCACGAGCUCAGCUAGUAUGCAUGCAUCGCAUGCAUAUGCUUCAGGUGAUAGAAAUCUGAAUGCACUACUAGUGUUUUGAAAAGGUGGUUUAAUGAUACUUUCCAGUGGAUAUAGGCUAUUGUCUCAAAUUUCAGCUGCAUAAGGACCAACCACCCAGACAACCGGUAGAAUAAGUUAAAAUGUCAUUUUAUUCAACAUUCUGGCUUGUAGAGGUCCUGAGAGGAGGCUUUCCAAAUAAUUACAUUGCAUUGUCUCAGAUGGUACAUAGCGUUAGUGUUAGCCUGAUACAUCAGCCGGUGAUAGCUAGCUAUCUUAGGCUUGCAUCCCGAUUCACCACCCUUUUCCCAAAGUGUGCACUUACUUCCCGUCAUGGAUUUAAAAACUUUGUAUUUGUGUAAUCAUUGGUUGGAGGCAGUUUCCACCAUUGUUAGAUCCAUUUAAUUUUUUAUUUAUUACACCUUUAUUUAACCAGGUAAGCCAGUUGAGAACAAGUUCUCAUUUACAACUGCGACCUGGCCAUGAUGGGAAGUGUGCAAGUGCACGUUUUGAGAGAACGGUGGAUAAUCGGGAUGGAGCCUUACAAUAGCUUAGAAGCGUGUUAAAUGGAACAGGUUGACAGACAUCAGAAUUAGAGUUUACCCAUGUUGUCUAUUCCUCAGGAGUCACAUGCACUGUGAUCAUGUGGAGGAUGGGUCUGUAGACCGACUGGGAGACCGGCUGCAGAGAAGAGAACACAGCUCUGGCCAGGACGAGAGGGAGGCACGCUACUGGACCAAGAAACUCUAUGACUUCGAGGCCAAUGAUCCAGACAGGUGCAUCCCUUUUCUAUCUACAACUCUGUAGUAUUAUAGCCUUGUGAGUUCAUAAGUUUGUGUUUGAGUUGACAAACGACGACAUGCUAUGAAAGGUGGAUGUCAUUGGUACUGUGCAUGUUUCCUCUACAGAUGGGGACACAGUGGUUUUAAGGAGCUAUAUCCAGAUGAGUUUAAAAGUGACUGGUAAGACAUGAACUGCAUUAACAUGAAAUACCAUGACUCAUAACAGUAGUAGCUGUAGUAAGGAUCUCACUAUUUGCUUCAAUACAAUAAAUGUUGCAUUGUUAUAAUGCCUGAUUUGUCGUUUCAGGGAAAGAGGCCGUGGUGAUGACCAGAAUGUGAUUUGCAGAAAGAAAAAUACUAAGUCCAGACUUAAAACAGCCAAAUCAAAACAUUUGAAGAAAUCCUCGAAGAAGAAGAAAAAGAAGGAAGAGGAAAAGCGAAGGAGGACAGGUGAGUCAGACAGUGAGUCCAGCAGCGACAAGAGCGACGGUGUCAAACAGAAACAGAAGAGGAAAAGCAGCAAGAGCAAACAUAAGAGGAAAAAUAGUGAGAGAGGAAGAGAGGAGGAGAGCAGCUCGGAGGACAAUGAUGAGGAGAGAGGUAGAAGGAGGAAACGACAGAGGGACUCCCACAGAGACUCAGGACCAGAGUCACACAAGAAGAGGAGGAAAAACUGGAAAGCAGGAGAGGACAAAUCGGAGCACAGUUCUGAGGAUUGAACCUUUUUCCGUUGGCAGCGAGUAACCUGUACCCUCAUACUGCCCAGCCCCUUUCAGUUGCUGAAAAGGGGUGGUGCGAAGCAUUCAGUUACACCCCACUUCCACUUUAGUGUCCAAUGUUUCCCACUAGAUUUCUUGUGAACACGGCCAUCACCAUAGCUAGUUGCUAGAGAUGUUUGUGAUUUAUCCAACGACAAGGCAACCGAGGAAUUGGCUAAAGUACAAAUACAACUUUUGAACAGACCUACUGGCAGGGGAAAGCAUAUCGCUCUUCUUCCCUUUACGACCUUCCUCUGUGUUGUACUUCUCUUUCUGUGUACUGCUGAGCACAAACCUGUGUUCUCCUCCCCUAGGGCAUUCAGCAAUACCUCACCUCUUCUUCUUUUACUUGUGCUGCUGCAGUGCUCAGAUAGUGAGCUGACACUGCACAAAUAUGGACUCAAGGAAAGCCACCUAAUUCCACCUCUUGACAAACUGAUUGACUGUAGAACCUUGUCUCAUAGUGUCCUAGCUUAGUCAUUUUUUAGUCAUUUAGCAGACG